AAGCUAAGGCUUCUUCUGCUGCUGCUUCAGAGGAAGAGGACAAGGCUUGGCUUGGAGGGAGCUCUCCUCCUUCCCUCUUUGCUUCUCUUUCUCUCCCUCACUUUCCCCAGCAGAGCCCAUCAUCCCCAAGGCCUCCUGCAGAGCCUCUCCCUGCCCAGUAUGUCUCAGUGGAAUCAAGUCCAGCAGUUGGAAACAAAAUUUUUGGAGCAGAUAGAUCUAAUUUAUGAUGAUAAAUUUCCCAUGGAAGUUCGACACCUAUUAGCACAAUGGAUCGAAAACCAAGACUGGGACUCUGCAUAUAACAAUGAUCCGAUGGCUGCCAUCCUCCUACAGAACUUACUAAUAAAGCUGGAUGACCAUUUAGACCGUGUUUCCCAAGAGAAGAAUCUCCUCUUGGUACACAACCUAAAGAGAAUCAAGAAGAUGCUUCAGGGAAAAUAUCAGAAUAACCCUGUGCACAUAGCAGUAGUUGUUUCAAACUGUUUAAGAGAAGAAAGAAGAAUAUUGGCUUCAGCUAGCAUGCCAGUACAGGGACCUCUAGAAAAGUCACUACAAAAUAACCUGGAUUCAGAAAGACAAAGAAAUGUAGACCACAAAGUGUCUGCAAUUAAGAACAGUACUCAGAUGACUGAACAAGAUGUCAAAUAUUUAGAAGAUUUGCAAGAGGAGUUUGACUUCAGGUUUAAAACAAUACAUAGCAUAGAACAGAAUGAGAAGAACAGUGCUGCUAUGAAGCAAGAAAUGCUGAUGUUGCAGGAAAUACUUAAUACGUUAGACUACAGGAGAAAGGAAGUUCUCAAUAAAAUGGCACAAAUAAUAAAGGAAAUGGAAGCCUUGGUGAAUAACAUGCUGAUGAAAGAACUCUUGGAUUGGAAGAGAAGGCAGCAAAUGGCCUGCAUAGGAGGCCCUCUGCACAGUGGUCUUGAUCAGCUACAAAACUGUUUCACACUAUUGGCAGAAAGUCUUUUUCAAAUAAGAAGGCAACUGGAGAAACUAGAUGAGCUUUUGGUUAAACUCACAUACGAUGGAGAUCCCAUCCCAUUGCAAAGACCUCAGUUGUUGGAAAGAGUAAACUUCUUACUUUACAGCCUUUUCCAAAGUUCAUUUAUAGUUGAGAGACAGCCCUGCAUGCCAACCCAUCCCCAGAGGCCUUUGGUUCUUAAAACUUUAAUCCAGUUUACUGUUAAACUUAGACUGCUUAUUAAAUUGCCAGAGCUGAACUACCAAAUCAGAGUGAAAGCUACUAUUGACAAGAAUGCUUCUACUAUAAGCAACCGGAGAUUUGUCCUUUGCGGCACUCAUAUAAAAGCAAUGAACAUGGAUGAGUCUUCAAAUGGGAGUCUUUCUGUGGAAUUUCGACAUCUACAACCAAAGGAAAUGAAAGCAUGUACUGGGAGCAAGGGAAAUGAGGGUCCUCAAAUGGUCACUGAAGAAUUACAUUACAUCACUUUUGAAACACAGGUCUGCUUAUAUGGGCUGACCAUAGACUUGGAAACGAGUUCUUUACCAGUUGUGAUGAUUUCUAAUGUCAGCCAAUUGCCCAAUGCUUGGGCUUCUGUUAUCUGGUACAACCUGUCAACAAAUGAAUCUCAGAACUUGACUUUCUUUAACAACCCACCCUCUGUUGGCUUGGGUCAGCUCUUGGAGAUACUGAGCUGGCAGUUUUCAUCAUAUAUUGGCCGUGGACUCAAUUCUGACCAACUUGGUAUGCUGGCAGAAAAACUUACAGGGCAACAAGUUAUCUAUACUGAUUAUCAAGUUUCCUGGUCAAAAUUCUGUAAGGAGCACUUGCCUGGUAAAUCAUUUACAUUUUGGGUAUGGCUUGAAGCUAUCUUGGAUCUAAUUAAAAAACAUAUUCUUCCUCUUUGGGUUGAUGGGUGUAUUAUGGGUUUUGUGAGCAAAGAAAAGGAGCGAGGUUUGCUCAAGGACAAAAUGCCAGGGACAUUUUUAUUGAGGUUCAGUGAAAGCAACCUAGGAGGGAUUACAUUCACAUGGGUAUCUCAGUCAGAAAACGGAGAAGUGGAUUUCCAUUCUGUUGAACCAUAUAACAAGGGUCGUUUAACCGCACUGCCAUUUGCCGACAUUUUAAGGGAUUACAAAGUUAUUAUGGCAGAUAAUGUUCCUGAAAACCCACUGAAAUAUCUUUACCCAGAUAUCCCCAAAGACACAGCCUUUGGAAAGCAUUAUAGCUCUCAGCCAAGUGAAGUGCCAAGACCUACAGAGGGAGGAACCACAGGCUAUGUCCCCUCUGUAUUCAUUCCAGUCUCCAAAAUUCUGCAUGAUUCAACAGACCCACCUUUGCCAUCAGACCUUCUCCCCAUGUCUCCCAGUGUCUAUGCGGUUUUGAGAGAACACCUGAGUCCAACCGUUAUGGAAACUGCAAUGAGUUCUCCAUAUUCAGCUGACUGACAUUCUUAUACUGAAGAAUCUAAAGUACCAAUGUAGAUAUGUUUUUAAAGGGGCAUACCCAAAUGAAGAUUUUUCUUGUUUCCCUUGUACAUAUACUGUAUGCAUGUGUACAUGCUUCUCUUGGGUCAAAAUUUGCUUUCACACAUUGCUUCUUGGGAUUCAUGUGGCCCUCCGGAUGUUACUGGACUGCAUCUCCUGACAUUCCUCAUCAUUGACUAUGCCAAUGAGCAAAUGGGACCUGAAGUCCAAAGAACUCUGAACAAUGCCUGUCUUAGUUGAGACAUAAUGCUACAACGUCAGACUUACAAGAACUAUCAUUGAAUAUGGGGUAUAAACCACAGUUUCCUAAAUUUGGACAUAACAGGAAACAACAUUUUAUUCAAAACUGAAAAUGGAAGUAUACUCAUCCCUUCACAUUUGCAGCUUUGACUUUUGCAGAUUUGAUUAUUCACAGAUUUUAGUAAUAUGUUCGCUCUAGAAAUAUCUAGGUUCUCCAGUGCAACUCUGUUUACCAAAAGUUAAAGUGAAGAAGAAAUAAACAAUUUUAUGUAAACUGUUUUCUCUAUAAAAAUACACUGUACUGCCCUUACUUUCCAAGAAACAGUAUCCGCUUCCUGUCGGGGGAGGAAGAAGGCUUGAUACUUCUCUCUCUGGAGGGAAGAUGACUCUGUGCUUCUGUCUGGAGAGUCACUUAUUGGCAAGACUUUGACCUGACUUUCUUGCUAACUUGGGAUCAUUACAUUAGGAGCAAAGAGGCUGAAGCAAAAGGGAGCAAAAAUCCUCUUUGCCUCUACCACCCCCACUCCCCCGGCCUGGCGCAUGCAGGAGUUUUACAAAAAGCGGGGACCUUGGUGGCAGCUUUGAGGCUGAGAGGAGGAAAAGAAGGCAAAACCUGAGGCAAAAAACCAGCACCAGAAAGAGCAGCCAAGCCAUUCCUCCUGAUGGCCCCCGACCCAGCUGGUGGCUAGCCCUCCCUCCAGCCAAGUCUGCCCCAGUCUCCAGCCCAGGACGCAGAGCACGAGGGAGGGA